UGACAAGAAAGUUAAGAAACCAUCCAGGCAUCCACCAACCAUCUCAACAUUAUUAUCCUUCCAACCACAAACUCACCUCUCACACAUUUACUCAGACUAUGCCCCACACCUCUUAAGACUUUCUAUCAGAUAAAUUGUCUCCAACAACAAGUCUGGAGGGAGGGAGUCAGCAAGAAUAAGUCUCUUCCAAAUGGCUCAGCUACAAAGCCCUGAAAGUGAUUUCGAUGGCACGAAUUCAGUUCAAAACCAAAGUAUAGCAAUCCCAGCCAAAUUCAUUGCCAUAGCCGAUAGCUUCGAGAAGAAAGAGCAUUCAUGGUUUGCCACUUCUCAAAUUCCAACAGAUCUAUCCAUUCUAGUUCAAGACAUCACCUUCAACGUUCACAAGUUUCCGCUGAUUUCAAGAUGUGGCUUCAUAGGCCGAAUAGGAUUCCAGCCUUCAAACUCAAAUUUAGGGUACGACAUCAAGCUUGAGAAUUUCCCAGGUGGACCGGAAACAUUUGAAAUCAUUUUGAAAUUCUGUUAUGGUCUCCCAGUAAGCUUAAACCCUAACAACGUGGCUUCACUAAGAUGUGCAUCAGAAUUUCUAGAGAUGACUGAAGAGUUCGAAGACGGAAACCUUAUCGCUAAGGCAGAAGCUUUCCUCACAUUCGUUGUCCUUUCCUCGUGGAGAGAAACCAUUACUGUUCUCAAAUCUUGUGAAACUCUGUCUCCAUGGGCAGAAAACCUCCAAAUUGUCCGAAGAUGUUGCGACUCAAUUGCUUGGAAAGCUUCCCAGGGCAAUCCAACAAUCGGAGAAACGAUUAAUGAAGAAAGCUGGUGGGUUGAGGAUGUGGCUACCCUCCGAAUAAAUCAUUUCAUGAGGAUUAUAACUGCAAUAAGGGCAAAAGGAAUGAAGCCAGAAACUAUAGGUUCUUGUAUCAUGCAAUAUGCAGAGAAAUGGUUGCCUUGCAUGGAUAUAGAGUUAGAGGGAAUAAGAAAAUAUAGUUACGGAAAAAGUGAGUUGCAAUUGAGCAUUACGAGCGGUAGGAGGCAGGAAGGAGCUGUUGGGAACAAUAAGGACCAAAGAAUGAUUAUAGAGAGUUUGGUGAGCAUACUGCCUCCUCAAAAAGAAGCUGCUUCAUGUAAAUUCUUGUUGUGGAUGUUAAAGAUGGCUAUAGCAUAUUCAGCAUCACCAGCUUUGAUUUCGGAGCUUGAGAAAAGAGUGGGUAUGGUGUUAGAGAAUGCCAAUGUGAAUGACCUUUUGAUUCCUAGCUGUAGAAUUGGAGAUCAAGGGGACCCAAUUAAUUCACCUGAAGAACGCACGAUGCAUAACAUUGAUGUGGUGCAAAGAAUUAUAGACUAUUUCUUAAUGCAUGAACAACAACAGCAUGACCAUCAGCAGCCACAACAAAAGUCGGGAAAAGUGAAAGUUAGCAAACUUUUGGACAAUUACCUAGCAGAGAUAGCAAGAGACCCGAAUCUCUCCAUUACCAAGUUCCAAGUUUUGGCUGAAGCCUUGCCAGAAAAUGCUCGAACAUGUGAUGACGGUCUAUAUAGAGCUAUAGAUACCUACCUCAAGACUCAUCCUUCACUGUCAGAGCAUGACCGAAGAAGACUGUGCAAAGUAAUGGACUGCAAAAAGCUGUCACUUGAUGCAUGCAUGCAUGCUGCGCAAAAUGAUCGACUGCCUCUAAGAACCAUCAUUCAGGUUUUGUUCUCAGAGCAAGUCAAGAUAAGGGUAGCUAUGCAGGGGAAGGAGCAAGCAGCAAGUGGUAAUAUUUCAGACCAGGAAGAUAGUUGGUCAUCAACCAAAAAGGAUAUCAUGACCCUUAAAGCAGAACUGGAGAAAGUAAAAAUGGAAAUGGCAGAGAUGCAGAGAGAUUACUCGGAGUUGCAACAAGAGUAUGAAAAGCUAAACCACAAGCAAAAGAAUUUAUCAGGUUGGAUGUCUGGGUGGAAGAAGAUCAAGAAGUCUUCUCUUUUCCAUGGAAAAGUGGAUGGUGAUGAAACAGCAGAGAGGGAACAAAGAUCCAACCCCACAGGCUGCAGAGUCAGCUUCCGCCGGGCAUCCCUCUCCUGAGAUAUCUCAAAAUUCACUAUCCUACAACAUAAAUUAGAAAUGUAGCCUAAUCCUAUGCAUCUUCUUCCCAUUGCUGGGUGCUUCUGUCAAAUAAGGUUUAUUGCAGGUCUCACAAUUGGUGUUUUAACUUAUUUCUCCUUGGCUUCACACUUAUAAAAAGAUGUGAGAAUUCAUAUUGGUGGACAAUAGCUCAAGCAUAUAGAUAUAUCACAUAUGUAAUCUUAAUCAUAUUCUUCUUUUAAAUUCACUUUUAUAACAUAAUGUUUUAUCCA